AUGGCAUUACCAGCGCAUCUGCAGCAGUCUUUCUCGUCAGAGGAAAUUCAGUUUAUUGUAGAGAAUGAACCGAUAAAGAUUUUUCCCAGAAUAACGACACGCCAAAAGAUUCAUAGAAAUGAUAAAGGAGUCCGGGAUCAGACACCUAACCGCUGGCAACUUAUCACGACGGGUGACAAGGCCCUAAAUAAUAUGGUAGCGAUGCGCUCUACCGAGGUGGUCCUUUGGAUUGCUCUGUUACUGAAGCAGCAAUCCAAGUGCAGUAUAGUAGCACCACAGUGGUUAACGACGAAAGAGCUUGAUAGAAAAAUACAAUAUGAAAAGGCACAUCCAGAUAGGUUUAGUGAGCUACCAUGGAACUGGCUUGUUUUAGCACGCAUUCUCUUCAGUAAGGCUAAAGAUGAUUUCCACGACCCCAUUCACGAAUUGCGCGGUAAAAUUCAAGAUUUGAGAGAAAUAAGGCAGGUCAAGGUAUUAAAAGGUCUUAAAUAUUUGAACGAGUCCCAUUUGCAAUUAGAUAAUCUAAGUUUAUUAGAGAUCAAUGAAUUGAGGCCGUUCAUCACUGACAUUAUGGACAAAUUAAGAGAAAUUCACGCAGCAUCCCUUACUGUCGCAGGUGAAAAUGAGGAAGAGGAUUUUAAUAACUAA